AAAGGCAGCAGAAAAAGAGUUAUCGGCCAACCAAGUGCCUAUGAACUAUAGUUUCAUUUACGUCCACUUUCAGCAUGAACCAAACCCAAGCGAUUCAACUCAAUUUCUCUUUUUUUCUAUAUUUGGGUACAUCACACUACUCACCAAACUACACAAAAUCAUAGCAAGAAGCUAGGGCAUUCCUCUUCCGCUUAAUUCCAGCUGCUUCUUCCCCCCAAUUUCCCAUAAAAUUCGCCUACAUCCUUCUGUGAUAUCUCUUCUGUUUAGCCUAGCUUCCAUGAAGAAUUUCAAGUAUCCUGCGCCAGACCAUCCAUCUUCAAGCUUCUUUCUCCCGCCCGAUCAUCCCAUUUCAGGAUGAAUCUGAAGCCUUGAAGGAAAUGUGACAGUGUAAUUGCUAUAGUUUUGAAUGAAACAAAAAGAUUGGUUCUUUUCUUUUAGAUUUGGGACACUCUCAGAGAGAGCUAGAGAAGAAGAGAAUAAGGGAGGAGAUAAUUGCACAAGAGGAUGCCCAAAGAAGGAUUCUUGAAGCAGAGGUCAGAAUGGAGCUAAGGAUGGAGAGGGAAGCUUCCAUGCUAAGGGGUGACCCCAAAGUUCCUUCUUCUGCGGAGUUUGUAAAGAGAUCUGCAGAACCCAGGGUGGCACUGCCUGAUGAGAGGUCACUGGAGGACAUUAUAGUCAAGCUUGUUGAUGAGAGGUUAGCCAUGUUAAUCUCUGGGAAUGUGAGGGCUGCAAAAGAUGAUGUAAAUGUUCCAAAGUCUCCUGAAGAAGUGGACAGGCUCAUCUUAAAGCCGAAGACUGGUGAUGGAGAUGUGUCUGAAGGGUUAAAGCAAGAGGUAGUCAUUAAUGGUGAGCUCCUUGAUAAGAAGAAAAUCAAACAAGAUUGGAAUUGUGACCUAUGUCAAAUUACGGCCACUAGUAAGACGAGCUUAAAUGAUCACUUCCAAGGGAAGAAACACAAGGCCAAAGAAGCGCCAGGGAAGAACUUCAGCAUUGGCCUUUCCCUGAGCAGCCCAAAGCUCGACAUGCCCAGAGAAAGCUCAAUGCUGGUAAUUACCGAUGAGAAAAGUGCAGCAUCGGGUCAAACCCAAGAAAAGACUGAGGUGAAAAAGAGGAAAAACUACACAUUCUCGUGUGAGAAUUGCGGGACAGGAACUUUUUCAUCAGAAGUGAUGGAAGACCAUAAGACGGGGAAGAAGCAUUUGUCUAAGGUGGAGAAGGACAAUGCCGGGAUUUGAAAAGCAGCAGCAAUGAGGCAGGAAGAUUGUUUAGCUUCAUUCUUGUUAGUUGUAUGUGGAGGCAAAACUAGGUUCACAUUAACAAACAAGUAUUGUUCCUGAUUAUAAAGGUUAGUGAUAGCUGUUGUGUUAAGCCCUGAGAAAUAUACUUCUCAACAAGCGGGUUUAUGUGUAGCAAAUUCUGAUCAUCACUUGUGUUCUAUAAAACAGAUGUACCCUUUAUUGACUAAAAGACAGCCUAACUUACGAGAUAGGAAUAUACUUUUUCAGAGUAGUAGUUAAAGAGCUUUCAGCUUUGAAUAUUCUUGAGUUUUAUUGCAAGUAUUUGAACUUACAA